GGGGGAGAGAGAGAAAGGGAAAGAGGAACAGAAGAUCCUUUUUCUUCUUGGCUCUGAUCGAUCUUCUCAGUUAAUUUCAAAGAGAAACAUAAUGGGCGAAAGGAACGCGCCGCUGCCAAAGUUCGGAGAAUGGGACGUCAAGAACCCGGCCGCCGCAACGGAAUUUUCCGUCAUAUUCGACAAGGCACGGAACGCAAAGAGAGAUGGCAUCCGGCCACCGUCCGCCACCCGCCGUGACCAGCUGGACUCCCCUGUAAGGAAGGACUCACGGCCAGGCAACGCCGCCAAGACGUCCCUUAAUAAAGCCGAUGGCCACCUCGUCCGGCUGGGGAAACCUCUUGCCGGCCGUAAAUGGCUCUGCUGCGUCGGUGGGAGGCACGACGACUAAUACAUGGAGAAGACCGGGCCGGUCCGGCCCGGCCAUUAAUUGUGCAGCACACCAAAACUCCUCAUUUUGAUCACAUUCUGAGCUGCUAGACUAACAUUCUAUGAUCCAGGGAAUACUUUUACCUCCUUCCUAUUUCUGAGUCUAAUUUUUAUUACUACGUAAUAGAUAAUUAAAUUUAUUAAUCAUCAAAUCUUUUACUUUUCUUAUUUAAAUACAUAUGGGUUACUUUUUCCUCAUUUUCUUUCUUCUUAUUUAAUCAUUGUUGUGUGAGCUAGUAUCCUUCUCUUUU